AUGACUCGCCCUCCUCCUCCUCCUCCUCGUCUUGGCUCGGGCGGCUGGAGAGUGGCGCUCUUGGUGAUCGCGGCAGUCGUGCCUUUUUUUUUCAUUUUCUUUUUGUUCGCACACGAGGAGAAGGAGGGCGAGGGGAAAAAAACAGGCGCGAAAAAGGUGGCGGUGUGGAAAGAAGGGUGCUACCUCAACAACUUCGUCCAGGGAGUGCUGGACACCUUCCCGCAGGAGGAGCUCAAGGGCAGCACCAUCAUCGUCUCCGGAGAUGGGAGAUUCUACAACCCGCCCGCCAUCCAAACCAUCAUUCGAAUGGCAGCCGCGAACGGAGUGGGUCGGGUGUGGGUCGGCAAGGGGGGGCUAAUGUCCACGCCGGCUGUAUCGGCGGUGCUCCGGGAGAGGGAGGGCGGCGCUGCCUACGCGGGACUCGUGCUUACCGCUAGCCACAACCCUGGAGGACCCGACGAAGACUUCGGCAUCAAGUUCAACACCGCCAGCGGCAGUCCGGCCACCGAGGUUAUCACCGACGCUGUCUACGCCCGCACGUUGGAGCUCAAGUCGUACCGCACGGUGGAGGGCACGCCCGACGUGAACCUGGACGUUGUUGGCAAGACCAAGGUCGCCGGGAUGGACGUCGAGGUUAUCGACCCCGUGGAGGAGUACGUGGCGCUGCUGAAGACGGUGUUCGACUUCCCCACCCUCAGGGCGCUCCUGGCCCGGCCCGACUUCAGCUUCGUCUUCGACGGCAUGCACGGGGUGGCCGGGGCUUACGCCAGCCGCGUCUUCGUCGACGAGCUCGGCGCGUCCGAGGAGUCUCUGCUGAGGUGCGACCCGAGAGAAGACUUCGGCGGCAGCCACCCGGACCCCAACCUCGCAUACGCCUCCGGCCUGGUGCGAAGGAUGGGCCUCGACAGCAGCGCCCAGCCCCUCCAAGGAGCAGCAGCAGACGCGGCGGAACCGCCCACGCUUGGGGCCGCGGCCGACGGCGACGCCGACCGAAACAUGAUCCUGGGGAGGCGUUUCUUCGUGACUCCCAGCGACUCCCUUGCGGUGAUCGCGGCCAACGCCGCGGCGGUGCCGUACUUCGCGAGGGCAGGCGGGCUCGGCGGGGCGGCUAGGAGCAUGCCGACGAGCGGCGCGCUGGACAGGGUGUGCGAGAGGCAGGGGGUGCCCAUGUUCGAGACGCCCACGGGGUGGAAGUUCUUCGGAAACCUGAUGGAUGCCAAGGAAAUGGGGCACGAGCGGUCCUACUUCCCUUUCCUGUGCGGCGAGGAGAGCUUCGGCACGGGCUCCGACCACGUCAGGGAGAAGGACGGGCUGUGGGCGGUGCUGGCGUGGAUGUCCGUCAUCGCCCACCGCAACAAGGUGGAGACGACGGGGGACGGCGGGGGGACGGCAACAGCGCCGCUGAUCGGGGUGCAGGAGAUCGUGGAGGGCCACUGGCGGGAGUACGGACGGAACUUCUACUCGAGGUACGACUACGAAGGCGUGGCAUCCGAGGGAGCCGAGGCCAUGACGGACAACCUCCGCGCCGGCCCCGCGCAGCCUGGGGACGACCUGGGGUCAGGUUUCGAGCUCAAAGGCAUCGAUGAUUUCGAGUACACGGACCCGAUCGACGGCAGUGUGUCCAAGAACCAGGGGGUCAGAGUGCUCUUCACGGACGGCUCCCGGGUGGUCUUCAGGCUCUCCGGCACUGGGUCCGUGGGCGCCACCGUGCGCAUGUACAUCGAGAAGUACGAGCCGGAUCCGUCCAAGCAGGGGCUCAUGACGGCAGACGUCCUCAGACCCUUGGUGGACAUCGGCCUCAAGAUGUCGAGGCUGGAGGAGUUUACAGGGAGGUCUUCCCCGACGGUCAUUACGUGAUGAGAUGAUUCAUGAUGAUGGGGUUCUCGUCAAGGCCAUGGGGAGCGGGGGUACAGGCGAGGUCGUCGAGGACUACUUGCUAGAAGGCUGGUGUUGUGAAGUAUGGCGAGUUUGGUAAAUAGUUCGUCUCUCAAAUAGCUGCGGUUGGGUGAUAUGAGCUGUCACACAACUUGCAUGGAACACCCGCGCGCGAUUUUGCAAGGGUGUGGAUACUGAGCGGGAAAGGCCCGCUGCGAUGGGUGUGGUCCUGAUAGAGUUUACAAGACCGUGGAGAGCUGUUUGAAGGCCAACAGCGACGUUGGGCGCGUGAAGUUGCAGACAGUAGAGCAAGCAUCAUCGACGGGCACCGCGCGUAACAGGUGUUUCUGAUUGUCUCCAGUACAAAGCCAGUUAUGUUUUGCACGAGGAUGACGCACGCUAGAAGUCGUGACGCUACCGGGACUUCAUCGACGAGUUAGACCAGGCAAGGCUUUCGUUUAGACUUGAAUGUCCUGUUUGUUGCCAAAGGUCGUGUCGAGACCAAAUGGGGGCUGGAAGGUGUAGUUAGCUUUCGUGUAUUUCGCGCCGUUAUCUGGGACUUCUGCUGGUCAAACCUACAGGCAAGGGUGUUGUACAAUAGAGAUAGGUAUUAGGCGUGUUUCGGGUCGCGAAUAUUGCGUGGCCCCGCAUAAAAGCGUAUGUAGGGAUUGAAUUGCUCGCAUUGAACGAACAAGACUGUUUCCUGCGGGCACAGAAAGCACUCAGUAGGCAGACAAGCAAAAUUGACAUGGUAGGCAGACGGAAUUAGAGAUGAGAGGGCGAGGCGAGGCGCCAACCAGCCGGUGAUAGUAGUAACGUCUUCUGGCACCAACAUGUUCUUGCCAUGAUUUAUACGGAGUUGAGGUCGACCGCGGCGUUAAUCUGUUCGGGGUUUAUCUACGUACGGUGUGACUUCAAGUUGGUUGUAUGCUGCGCAUGACAUUUAGGUGGUACGGCUAUCGUGACCGUGUACUCUAUGAUCGAAACCCGAGGUGCACCGCGAAUCGAAGUCAACGAGAGUGCAAUUCUAUCGCACUUUUCUGCACGGGAAACCUCGCUAUUUGUUUUGCGGUUUGCUCAGCGCCAACGGUAGUCUUUUGCUAGGGUGACUGGAACCUGUGGGACACAUACAUACAAUACGUGUACCCGCGUUAUUUUU